AUGGGGCAACAGCCACAGAAUAAGCUUCUUCAGUCUUCUACAACCUCUCUUGACAUAUUGGCUAGUGAAAUAAAAGCAACAAAUACAUUUCUUCAUGAGUAUCGUGAGACUGGAUUUACUGACGCACAUAUUAAAGCACAAGAAAUUGCAGAGGAAUUGGGCAUUGAAAAGAUUUUUCCAACAGUGCGCUUACGAAAAAAAAAAAAAAUGUAUUCAUACGAGUGUGCUGAUGAAACUCGGCAACCUGAGCAUCAGUAUAAAGCAGAUUUCUUUUUGCCACUCAUUGACAUGUCAAUUGCAUCAGUAAAGGAGCGUUUUGAACAGGUCAGUAUCUUCACAAAUCUUUUUGACUUUCUUUACCGGUCUGAGAGUCUUAUCAAAGCCUGUAAUGAAAAUUUUCUUACUGUAUUUUGCACAAAUUUGCAAACGAAGCUCGGGGAUAUAGAUUCUGAGGAUUUGGAAAUGGAGUUGAAACGAUUUGUCAUAGUUGUACAAGAGGACAAAAAUACAAACCUGAAAUCUGCAUAUGACUUCCUUAACUACGUCUACAAAGAAGAGCUGCAGGAAACUUAUCCUAAUCUAGUUAUUGCGUUACGCAUCAUUCUUACUUCUCCAGUAACUGUUGCAAGUGCAGAACGUAGCUUUAGCAAGUUAAAAUUAAUUAAAACAUUUCAUAGGUCAACAAUGGUCGAUGAACGUUUGUCUUCCCUAGCAAUGCUGUCAAUCGAGAACGAGGUAGCAAGGAAAUUAAGUUAUGAAGGCUUAAUAAAUAAGUUUGCAAGUAUGAAAACACGACGCAAACCUUUUUUUUGA